AUGGCACGCCGGAGACUGGCUGUUUUGGUGGCGUGCCUAGCAGCUGGGGUACCACCGCUUUGCUUCGUACCCACCUGGUCGACUCAGAGACGCAGCUCUGCCUCCAGGUUGCCCAGGCGGGCAGAGCCAGAGGCUGAUCUCACACAGGAAGGGCUGGACGAAGAUAGGCAAGAGAGGUGGUGGAACGAGGACUCGGCCUCUUUAGCCGAGAAGUUGCAGGUUGAGGAGACCACUGAUGCUUUGACCAAGUUGCGAAGGAAAAUGUCCCUCGAGGAGCAAGCCUUCGAUCAAGAAAUUGAGGAUGUGGUCAUCGCUGGCAAGCGAGCUUUGCUGAAGACUGGGUCCAAAAAGUUGUGA